UAUGCAUGAAAAUAGAGAGUUUACAAAGUUAGAGAGAGAGAGAGAGAGAGAGAGAGAGAGUAUUAGGAAACUAUCCCAAUUUCUAAAAUCCCAUCUUUGUCUUGUGUGGUUCUUUCAUUGAUUCAUCUCCCCUGUUCCAAGAAAGGAAAAAAAUUACCCAAAGUACUCAAAAAAAGAACUCUUGGAGAUUAAGCCGAUGGACGAGAUUCAAAUAGCCAAAUCAAAGGCAGAAAUCCUCGACAAACUCACAAACUCCGGUAACUACCCUGACAACCCUACCGGAAGGGUCUCAGCGAAACUCGGCGGCGAGGAGGUAGACUGGGAGAGGAUAAGCGGUGUCACGGCGGAGCUGGCCAGGUGGAGGGCACGGGCCACCAACCGGGACUUUUGGACCGUGUUGGAAGAGACCGAGAUGAGGGUGACGGUGGAGCUGGCCAGGAUUUUGGAGCCCACGUUGGACCCGGUGCUUAAAGGGCUGAGGGAGGUGGUGGUGGAGGAAGAGGAGGAAGGUGGUCUUUGUGGGGUUUGUCAGGAGGAGAUGGAGGUUGGUGAGGAUGUUAGGGCUAUGGGGUGUAUGCAUAAGUUUCACGUGUUUUGUAUUUACAAGUGGCUUAAGCACAAGAAUGUGUGUCCUUUGUGUAGGUACUCUGGUGUCACCGACCAAUAAAAAGACAGAGAGAAAACAUCUCUCUUUUUGGUCGGUUCUUAUUUGAACUUGUUAUAGGAUGUGAUACGUAUCGUCAAUUCAUAUUUGAACUUGUCCAAUAUCUUACUUGGGUCAUGCAUGCACCCUCAAAAGUGAAUUCCAAGAAGCAGAGUUCAACAAUCGACGGUGAUCACUUGAUCGGUUUUUAUUUGAAUUUUUGAAGUUGAUCGGUUUUUAUUUGAA